AUGUCUGCUUCCCGCCCCAAGGCCCUCCUAAUAAGCAUCUCCGGCCCCUCCAGCAGCGGCAAAACCACCCUCUCCCGCCUCCUCCGCGACAUCUUCCCCAACACCUCCAUCCUGCACGAAGACGACUUUUACAAACCCGACGCCCAGAUCCCCAUGACCAAGACCAGCUCUGGAGCCGAGAUCGCGGACUGGGAUUGCCUUGAUGCUUUAGACUUACCUGCUUUACAGAAGGCAUUGGAGUACAUCAAAGCUAACGGGAUGCUGCCACCUGAUCUCGUGAGUAAGGAGGAUAAGAACUCCGUUGGUAAAGUCGAUGUUGAUGGGAAGGUGGUGGAGGACUUGCAUUGGAGGGCUAGUGGAUGGAUGUUUCAGGACGUCCCUCCCGUUGUUAUUAUUGACGGUUUCUUGCUUUACUCGGAAUCUAUGAAAGCCAUCAGGGGUCUCUUCGACGUCAAGAUCUUCCUGCGGACUGACUUUGAGACGGCGAGGCGGAGACGCGGGGAUAGAAGCGGGUAUGUUACGCUAGAGGGGUUUUGGGAGGAUCCGCCGGGGUAUGUGGAGGAGGUUGUUUGGCCGAAUUUUGCGCGGGAGCAUGGAUUUUUGUUUGAGGGGGGGGAUGUGGAGGGAGAGGUUGAUGAAGCAGUGGUGGCGGGUAUGCAAUUGGACGUUAUUCCGGAUGGGGCGAGGGGGGAUAUGACGGGUUCUUUGACGUGGGCUUAUGAGGUUGUUAGUCAGGCGUUGGAGAAGUGGGUAGAGGAUUGA